UGGCUCUGGCAGGGUGUAGGCUGCUGGUGCGGAGUGUGCUGGGUGCACGGGGAGUCGGGGCUGCAGGAGCAGUCACGUUGCUCCCGGCCAUCUCUUAGAUACCUGUGCUCACGAAGCUCUUCUCUGCAGCCUAGCUAUGUACCUAAAACUUCCUUAUCUGAACCACCUUGGCCAAAGAUCGAACUGCCAGAUCCCAUUGAAGAGACAGAACAACACAGAGAAUUAGUUAAAAAUGUAAACAACAUCAUCGCCACAGGACAGUUUGGGCGUCUUUUUGCCAUCAUCCAUUUUGGAAGCAAACAGUGGAAAGUAACUAAUGAGGACCUUGUUUUAUUUCAUGGCUCAGUUGAAGCGCAGUGUGGAGACAGAAUCCGGUUAGAAAAGGUGCUGCUAGUUGGUAGUGAUAAUUUCACACUGAUAGGAAAGCCUCUGCUUGGGAAAGAUUUAGUACGAGUUGAAGCCACAGUGAUUGAAAAAACAGAAUCCCAUCCCAAGAUCAACAUGAAGUAUUGGAGGCGACAUAGAUUCCAGAAGAAGAAAAUUACUAUUACCCCACAGACCAUCCUAAGGAUUAAUUCCAUUGAAAUUGCUCCUGUUUUAUCAUAA